UCUGUCCGGCGUUCAUUCACUGUGAUGUGCACUAGUUGAAGGAGGCUCUCCUCUCCCAGUCCCCCCUGCACGACUAACUUUCUAAUGAAAUCCCCACAUACUUUCUGACAAAUACUUCUUUUCAAUAGUGGUCAAGAACGAAGGGUUCCGACAUAUUAAUCCGCGUUUUUAUUGAGAAGAAAACUUCAGAAUAUGGAGGCCACAGAAGGAAGUGCUGAGGGAGAUCUUCUUAAAAGUCAAGCAUCAAGUCCUCCUCCCAAAGUGAUUCUCAAACAUGGCCAAGAGUUGGAGGAGGAGCAGGAUGAGCUGGCCGAACAUCAGCCUCUAGAGCAGGAAGACCUGAACUUUGAGAAAUGGAAGCGCAAGCCAAUUCCCCAGAGGACACUCCACCAGAAAAUCGACGACUUAAAGAAAUACCUGUGGAAUGCAGAGACCAGCGAAUUCAUGGGUCGCUCUGGAAAGAGCUGGGGUCUCAUCUUGCUCUUCUAUGCUGCACUUUAUGCAUUUCUUGCAGCCAUGUUUGGUGGAUGUAUGUGCUGCCUCAUGUGGUCUAUUAGUCCCUACCAUCCCACCUACAAUGAUAGAGUGAUGCCACCAGGUAUGACGAUGGCCCCGCAUCUAGAAGGCCACGAGAUCGCUUUUAAUGCAUCUGACCGAAAAUCCUGGAAGAAGUAUGCCCGGUCGAUGGAUGACUACCUUAGACCAUAUAACGAUGGUGCACAGGAGAAGAAGAAUGUUCGAUGUGCACAUGACACAUACUUCAUGCAGGAUGACUUGGAGGAAAGCGCGGAGAGGAAAUCGUGUCAGUUCAAGCGGUCUUGGUUGGGGGACUGCUCAGGGCUGCAGGACCCCCACUAUGGCUAUUCUCAGGGAAGGCCAUGCAUCCUGCUUCGAAUGAACCGGAUUCUUGGGUACCUACCAGGCCACGGUAAAGCAGUAAAUGUGACUUGUGGAGUUAAGAGGGGGCCACCAGAAGCCUUGGGAGAACUUCAGUUUUUUCCUAAAAGCAUUUUUGACAUGAAGUACUAUCCAUACUACGGGAAGCUUAGACACGUAAACUACUCUUCGCCGGUUGUGGCUGUGCGUUUUGCAGGAGUGCAGUAUGACAGUCACAUCCAAGUGCAAUGCAAACUGAAUGGAAAGGGGAUCAUUAAUGAUUCACCAACCGAUCGCCACUUGGGCAGUGUGACCUUCACCCUGGACGUCGGAGCAUAAGGGAAAAGACAUUGCUGGCAGCCGGAGGCUUCCGCUCUGAGGCAGGAAAAUAUGAACAAGAAGAGAGUUAUGUUUGAACCUUUGUUUUCCUUGAAAAAUGUCCCUUUCUUCAUCUUUCUUCUAAAUAUCCACUGCGAAACAAAAUCCUCAAGAAGUAGAUUUGUACUUUUUUGUUUCUGUUGAACCUUGAGCAUGCUGUUGGCACCUGCAUCCACAACAAACAGUGCUGAGCACAGGUCGAGUGUAUAGAGUGAGUUACAAUUCAGCUCCUGAUAUUUUAUAAUGAUUAGUACGAUUAAUUAAACUAAAUUACACUCCGCCCAAUAGUUAACAUCUCUGGCUAUGCAAAUCCAAUUAUGUCUUAAAACCUUAACAGGGAAUUAGAAAAUUUGCCAGGUUAGAUUAUGGUUUUUGCGUGCGCAUUUUUUGUGUGACAAAGUGUACUAAUUUGUUUUGCUUUAUAUAUUUCAAACAUGUAUGUUGUAAGAAUUCAAAGACCUAUCAUGCAAACACUGUAAGCAGGACUUGUACUGUACUUACACAGUAAAAAAAGAUAUAAUAAAUGGAAAUACAUGAUUACUAUAUUUUGUUCAAUAGAAAAGUGUUACACAUUUAUGAUAAAAUAUCUACUUCCUAUUUUGUAAAAAAAAAAAGAACUUUUGCUUUUGAAAUUAGAUACUACACACCACUGAUUAAUAAAGAAAA